GACAAGGAUGGAGAAAGUAAACAGGGCUGGUCCGGGUGCAGACGGACAAGAUAGAAGAUUCCGGGAACUUAAAAAAAAAAAAAUUCUUUGCAGCUUCUUCCUUUGUUUGGCUGCUGGGGAAGGACAGCUAUUGAAAGGAAAACGACUUCCAUGGCGUUUGGAGACCGGCUCCCGACUCAGGAUCGCUCCAGGGCCAAUAAUUUUGAACUCCAGCACAGACUGCUGAAGUGCAGAUAGCAGAGUGGAGACGAGAAGCCGGCAACUGAUUUUGGAAGAAGUGGGGCGGGGGCCAUCCCGGGAAUGACCGGUUUGAUGAGCCAUGAUUCCCGUCACGGAAUUGCGCUAUUUUGCCGAUACCCAGCCGGCGUACCGUAUCCUGAAGCCCUGGUGGGACGUCUUUACGGACUACAUCUCCAUCGUGAUGCUAAUGAUCGCGGUAUUUGGUGGGACCCUCCAGGUCACCCAGGACAAAAUGAUUUGCUUGCCUUGCAAAUGGGUCACCAAAGACGCUUGCAACGAUUCUUCCCGCGAGUGGACGGCUGCAAACUUGGACUCCGGUUACUAUAAUGCUUCCCUGGGGACACCCCUGGACCCUGGGCCCACCGGGAUCAAGUACGAUCUCGACCGUCAUCAAUAUAACUACGUGGAUGCCGUGUGCUACGAAAACCGCCUUCACUGGUUUGCCAAAUAUUUCCCCUACCUCGUCCUGCUGCACACCCUGAUCUUCCUGGCUUGUAGCAACUUCUGGUUCAAGUUCCCCAGGACGAGCUCCAAGCUGGAGCACUUUGUCUCCAUCCUCUUGAAGUGCUUCGACUCUCCGUGGACCACACGGGCUCUGUCCGAGACGGUGGUGGAGGAGAGCGACCCUAAGCCGGCCUUCGGGAAGAUGAACGGCUCGAUGGAGAAGAAGUCUUCCAACAUCAGCGAAGACGUGGAAGCCACCGCCCCGAUGCUACAAAGGACCAAAUCCCGGAUUGAGCAAGGCAUCGUGGACCGCACGGAGAACGGCGUCCUGGACAAGAAGGAAGGGGAGCAAGCGAAAGCGCUCUUCGAGAAGGUCAAGAAGUUCCGGACCCACGUGGAAGAAGGAGACAUUGUCUACCGCCUCUACAUGAGGCAAACCAUCAUCAAGGUCAUCAAGUUCAUCCUCAUCAUUUGCUACACAGUCUACUACGUCAACAACAUCACCUUUGACAUUGAUUGCAAAGUGGACAUCGAGAGCCUGACCGGCUACCGCAUGUACCGCUGCGCUCACCCCCUGGCGACCCUCUUCAAGAUCUUGGCGUCCUUCUACAUCAGCCUGGUGGUCCUCUACGGCUUGAUCUGCAUGUACACCCUUUGGUGGAUGCUGCGGAGGUCCCUCAAGAAGUACUCCUUCGAGUCCAUCCGAGAGGAGAGCAGCUACAGCGACAUUCCCGACGUCAAGAACGACUUCGCCUUCAUGCUCCACCUGAUCGACCAAUACGACCCUCUCUACUCCAAGCGUUUCGCCGUCUUCCUCUCGGAGGUGAGCGAAAACAAGCUCCGGCAGCUGAACCUCAACAACGAAUGGACGUUGGAGAAGCUGCGCCAAAGGAUCACCAAGAACUCCCAGGACAAGCUGGAGCUGCACCUGUUCAUGCUCAGUGGCAUUCCCGACACGGUCUUCGACCUCGUUGAGCUGGAGGUCUUGAAACUGGAGCUCAUUCCUGACGUCACCAUCCCGCCCAGCAUCGCCCAGCUCACCAGCCUCAAGGAACUCUGGCUGUACCACACGGCGGCCAAAAUCGAGGCCCCGGCUCUGGCCUUCCUGAGGGAGAACCUGAAAUCCUUACACAUCAAGUUCACGGACAUUAAGGAGAUCCCCUUGUGGAUUUACAGCCUGAAGACCCUGGAAGAGCUUCAUCUGACGGGGAACCUGAGUGCCGAGAAUAACCGCUACAUCGUGAUCGACGGCCUGCGGGAGCUGAAGAGGCUCAAAGUCCUGAGGCUGAAGAGCAACCUGACCAAGCUGCCCCAGGUGGUGACGGAUGUGGGCGUCCACCUGCAGAAGCUCUCCAUCAACAACGAAGGCACCAAGCUCAUGGUCCUCAACAGCCUGAAGAAGAUGGUCAACUUGACGGAGCUGGAGCUCAUCCGCUGCGACCUGGAGCGCAUCCCUCACUCCAUCUUCAGCCUCCACAACCUGCAGGAGAUCGACCUCAAGGACAACAACCUCAAGACCAUCGAGGAGAUCAUCAGCUUCCAGCACCUCCAUCGCCUCACCUGCCUUAAACUCUGGUACAACCAAAUUGCCUAUAUCCCCGUGCAGAUCGGCAACCUUACCAACCUGGAGCGCCUCUACCUGAACCGCAACAAGAUCGAGAAGGUGCCCACGCAGCUCUUCUUCUGCCGGAAACUUCGCUAUCUGGAUCUCAGCCACAACCUCUUGACUUGCAUACCGGCGGAAAUCGGGGCGCUGCAGAACCUGCAGAACCUGGCGGUGACGGCCAACAGGAUCGAGGGUCUCCCCGCCGAGCUGUUCCAGUGCCGGAAAAUACGGACUUUACACCUGGGCAACAACGUCCUGCAGUCGCUGCCGUCCCGGGUGGGCGAGCUGACCAACCUGUCUCAGAUCGAACUGCGGGGCAACCGCCUGGAGUGCCUGCCGGUGGAGCUGGGCGACUGCCCCUUGCUGAAGCGCAGCGGGCUGGUGGUGGAGGAAGACCUGUUCAACACGCUGCCCUUGGAGGUCAAGGAGAGGCUUUGGAGGGCCGACAAAGAGCAAGCUUGAACCGUUGCCGGACGAAGCAGAUUCCGCUGAGCCGGGGAGCUGCAGGCUCGCCCGUUUCCCCCGUCUCUGACCAAGGCGGGGGGGGGGGUUUCCAAGGGACCCUGGCCUCACACCCCCACCCGCUUCCCCUGGCCCCUGCUCUGGAGACCCCCACCCUGAGGGGCAUGGCUCCCUGACUGACAGCCCAGAAGGAUCAGGAGUGGCUGGGAAAACGAGACCGUUCCCUGCUUCAGGGAGGAGAGGAGAAGCAGAGCGCCGGGCAGGAAGUGGGAACUGGUCCCCCCUGCUAGAAAGGAGACUGCGGCUGGCAUGCCCGGAGGUAUCACCCACAGCUGUGUGUUGGGGCAGAGAGCCUGAUCCUGCUGCUGUUUCCUGUGAUCAGGACCCGUCCUUGAGUGCUGCACCCCAUCCAGAGGGGAGAAUGGCGUCCAGCCGUCCAGUUACGCGUUGCACCAAGUCCAAUCCCGACUCCCAGCAACGAUCCUCUCUCAAGGAACGGAUCGGAGAAGAUUCAGCCUUCUUUUUUUUUUUAAAAAAAAAAGUACUUUACUUUAGAAUCCUAUUUGCAAAAGUCUGACUUAACUCUCCCCCUUCGUCCUAGAGUUUCCCCCCAACCCCCAAAUUUGAUGGCUUUGGUUCCGACAAAAGAGUGUGAGAUCGAAGAAUUUCCACGUUGAAGGAUGCCAGCCUGUAUUUUUCCGUUAAAAAACAAAAACAAAACAACAGUCUUAGCAGUCGCAAAAACAUUGAACGGUGGGGUGGGCAAGGGAAGUUGUUAAUUUUUAAACUUGACACUUGACAUUCCUUUUAAGACUUAAAACAUGGCUACAGUGGAGAAAUGCCCAUCUGAGGGGGAACGGGUGGGGGGGUGUCAAAACACUAAACCAGAACCCUUAAUAUGCUUAACCUGCUACCAGCAUCUUUCCAGGAGAUUUAAGACUCCGUCAAUGUUCCUUCUUCCUUUUUAUUUUUUAAAUAACAGCUGGUCUGUUUUCGUUUUUUGAAGCCUCGGUUGUCCAAAGAGACAGGUAUUUUGCCUCCGUGAUCUGGCUCGACGCAGCACCAAGUCUUAAAAAGGCGUGGCCGAAAAUUCAGGGCAGGGGUUGGGUUGUUUUUUUUUUUUGCAAGGUUGGGGGAGGGGGUGAGGGACGUAUUUCUUUGCGAGGAAGCGAGAAAAGAGUCGAAUUUGCACUAUUGUCCAGCACGCCUGUCCUAGUGAAAAAUGGAUUAUUAUUUUUUUUAAUCCUCCCCACCCCCCACACACACACGUGGCCUAAACUUUCCAUCUCUGUUUGCAACUGGAAAAUUCCGCCUGCUGGGAGCAAGGAACUAAGUUCCCAAGGUUCUCGGCCAGGAGGGAGUCACAGGCUCACCCUAUCCAGAAGGACUGGGACUUACUGAACAUGAAGUUCCAAAAUAUAUAUAUACAUAUAUAUAUAUAUACCCCCAUAUAUACAUUAAUAUACCUUAAAACUAAAAUAUCGUAUCUGGAAGAGAGUUGCUCCAUUCCGUUGCAAAUGAAUUGGCACAGGCUGAGCUCUGUGAAGAAGGCUAGAGCAGCCAAGAUUGGAUGCCAACUCUUGGGGUACCUCUGCUGCUGGCAGGUCGGUCUUGGCCAAUCCCUGAGAAGUGGGGGACACCGUCCCGUCCCCGGUCUUUUUCUCCCUUCUCCCCCUUUUUCAGAAGCCAAUGGGACAGCGCCAUCUCGAGCUUCCUUGCUGCCUCCGUCCGCCGUAUUAGGAAGGAUUUCUGCAGGCUGGCAAUGCUACCAACGCCCCAAGCGAUGUUAUCCAGGUGCCGGCAUUGUUCGUGUUUGAAAUAAAGCUACUCUUGGAAAUCCUCACGAAA